AUGAAGCGAUCAUCCGAUGAGGGUCUUUCCGGCAUGUCGCAAGCUUGUUCGGUGUUGAAGAGAGCUCCAGCGACGGGCGGCAGGUCGCAGAAGCAACAGGAUGAGGAUCCGACACUGGCGGCCAUGAAGUUUGUGACGGGCAGCAUCGAGAGAGACUGCGAGGGCGUGAUCAAGGCUUGUUAUGAUGACAUCUGUCAACGAAUUUUCUCCUUCCUCGCAAACUCUUGCAAGUACGACAGCAAUGCUAUCGCUAUACCGACGUGUCUUCUGCUGUCAGGAGUCAACUUACAGGACCAUCACGGAGUUCUACAUGCCAUCACUCAUGAACUGAAAGAGAAGAAGAACCAUGUGGCCAUCAUCCAUCCACCCGAGGCGGAGGAUAUUGGAAAAUGCAUAGACUCCAUCGUACAACAGUUUCGCUCGUCGGAUGGCGAGAGGUUGAAGCCGUCGAGGUCAAGAAGUCUUUACACCAUGCAGGCGAGGACGAGGGAGGGAGAGUGCGGAUGGGGAUGGCCUGACAUGAGCUCUUCAAAGAGCUUGAGGAGAUGGUAUGAGGAGAGAAGAAGCGAAGGAGCAGAGACAAAGUUGAUCGUCAACCUGGUCGACAUCGACUGCUAUGCCGACCAGGCAUGCGCUGCCCCGCCUGCUGGCACCGAGCACGCGGAUGAAGCUGGAGGUGAAGGCGAGGGAGAGGACGAAGAGGCUGACGCUGUUCAGAUUCAUCACAAGCUGAUGCUGCCGACAGCAGGCAAGAUGUUGACGCAGUCUGAGCAUCUUUUCUUCAUCGGUGAAAGAGCCCUCACGUACAUGCUCGCCUUGCCGUCUGUCUCGUCGUUCCCCUCCUUCCCCUCCCUCGCGGACAAGAACAAGAAGCUUCUCAUCUGCGAAUGGAUCUGCGGCCUUAGAACGGUUAAGAGGAGGAUGAGGUUUGUUUGCUCUUGUCUCCUUGCGGCCGCUCGUUGCUCCCAGAACUCUGCCACCAAGCAGGUUCUUUCACUUCACCACAUCUUACAAGAUGGCGCUCGCGGGUUCUCGCGCAAGGAGGCUGCUGGGACGCGCGGGUGGCCGCAGGGGCACAGCAUGCAGGUCGUCUUCUCCUCCCUGCAAUCCGCGCGCGGCCCUUCCCUGGUGCAGCUGGUCGAGCAGCUGGAAGAGGAGCUGAAGUCCCUUGCCCGAGACCUUUCGUCCUCCCUCGCAGAGUUCGGGCUGAAGGAAGAAAACGACAAGGGAAAGAGGAAGAAGAAGGAGGGAAAGCGAGGAGAGGAGGUGGAGGAGGGCAAAGAAGGAGAGGUCGGACUGUCAGCAGCGUCUGUCCUGCUCUACUGCGAGAAGAUGAUGGAGGAGGUGAAGCGAGUGAGGAGUGGAGAGACGAGAAGCCGCGAGGAGGAAGUGCAGAAGAAGACAAGCCAACAGACGGUCAGACGAGGAAAGCACAUUAUGACGCCACAACAGGGCGAUGAUGACGACGGUGAGGAGGAGGAGUAG